GUAAAGUAAAUUGCCAACUACCGUGUUUAUUGGGAUAGGAUUUGACGUGGGUAACUCAUCUCAUCGUUUACGUUGCAACACCUCCAAAAAUUGAAUUUAGGGUUUAGGGAUUGAAAUUAAUCGAAUCGGAGAAUGUCUCAGAGUGGAAAAUUGAUGCCGAAUAUCGAUCAACAAAGCACGAAGAUGCUCAAUCUCACUGUUCUCCAACGAAUAGAUCCUUUCAUAGAGGAAAUUCUGAUCACUGCCGCUCACGUCACCUUCUAUGAAUUCAACAUUGACAGCAAUCAAUGGAGUCGAAAAGAUGUUGAAGGAUCUCUCUUUGUUGUUAAGAGGAAUACGCAACCUCGGUUCCAGUUCAUUGUAAUGAAUCGGCGUAACACAGAUAAUUUAGUGGAGAAUUUGCUGGGAGAUUUCGAGUAUGAGGUUCAAGUCCCUUACCUAUUGUAUCGAAAUGCAGCACAAGAAGUUAACGGCAUGUGGUUCUAUAAUUCUCGUGAAUGUCAGGAUGUUGCUAACCUCUUUAGUAGAAUACUUAAUGCAUAUUCAAAAGUUCCUGCAAAGCCAAAAGUAUCUGCAAGCAAAAGUGAAUUUGAGGAACUAGAAGCAGUUCCUAGCAUGUCUGUAAUAGAAGGCCCCUUGGAGCCGCCAGCAACUGCCUCUCCUACUACUGAUGCACCUGAAGAUUCUUCAUUUGUUAACUUCUUUAGUGCUGCUAUGAAUCUCGGAACUAAUGCUCCCAAUGGUACAAAUUCAAUACAGCCUUGCCAUUCUAUCUCAACCACCCCUCCAUCUUCUCAUGCAGCAGCUGUCGUCUCUGCUCCAGUGCCAACUCCACCAGUGCCGUCCCUUCCUCCUGCUCCUCCUUCACUCGAUUCAGUAAGUAGCAGCAACCGAGUGACCAAUCUCAUUAAGCCUUCUUCCUUUUUUGCUCCUCCUACCUCAUCAUCAGCCUCAUUGAUGAUGCCACCUAUCUCUUCAUCAACACCAACUGCUUCUGCUCUUCAUCCACCCCUCAACCUGCAACGUCCUUAUGGCACUCCUCUGCUUCAACCUUUUCCACCACCUACUCCACCUGCAUCUCUUACUCCUAGUGCACCUCCUACUUUGCAUGAUGGAACUCAUAUUAGCAGGGAUAAAGUCCGUGAUGCACUUCUUGUGCUUGUUCAGGAUGAUCAAUUCAUUGACAUGUUCUACCAGGCAUUGCAAAAGGUGCAUCAUUCAUGAGCUCUAAAGUUCAUCCUCAAAGCUUCACUUCAAAGUUCCCUGUGCACCAUGUACUUUUAUUUUCUUCGGUCAGGUAUCUCAACUUAGACACUUGAUUCGAUCUAUACCCUAAUUGUUAAUGGAUGAUAGUGUGAAACACUACCCCGUUAGCAUUGUAGUUUGUAUAACUGGAGCUGGCAUAAAUUAAAACGGACUCAUGGUUGCUGAUGCGGCAAAAAGGUUGUGGCCUGCAUGAUGAAGAUAAACCUAAAAGUUUCAACAUGCACCGAAAGAACUGAUCUUUGAGGGUUGAGAGAAGAUAGAGAAAUUAAAAAUCAGCUUUAUUUCCUCCAGCAAACAGCCCACCAUCGUUCCGUCCAUGUCAACAUAAAUCCUUGCUUUCUUCCUUAUCACCAUUUCCUCUCUGCACCGUUGAGCUUGCUUUCAGGAGGGAGAGACCCAUUGUCGUUGAUAUCUGGAGAGUGUUCAUUUUCUCCACUUUUUGAGACGUGCAUCAUAUGGGGGAUGGUGGAGUGCAGCAGCUAUGUUUCAUCAUUUAAGGUGAACAACUACAACAUUGAUUUCAGUUUGAGGAUUUCAGGCAAUGUUUUGUCAUGUUUUAUUGGACCGUAACCCGUAAAGGUUUUAGCUGAUCGAAUCAGUUAUAGAAGAUUGAAUGCCUAAUUCAACAAAGUAUAAGUCUGAGGUGUGCAGUGGACAUUGAAGCAGAGUUUGAGGAUUAAUUUGGUGUUUAGUCUUUAAAGCGAUAGUGGACAUCCCGUUGCCAGAUUUCUUUGAUUGCUAAGUAAUUGUGAAACUGAUUCUGUUUAUAGUAUGACCUUCCUGUCGUGCCAACUAGUAUGAGAAGUUGCUGGUGUGAGCUCUUUGAGACUAUUGGAAGCAUUGGAAGUUUGGUUUAACAUCAUUGUAUCUUUUCUUCGGUCUAUUGUAAUAGUUGGAAUUGAAUCCUUUUUUUUUUCCUCAUAGAAGUUAAAAUGUUGUUUAAUAUGAUGCGAGCUUCUUGGAUGUUUAGGACAAUGCUAGUUUUUGUCAAAAGGCUCUGCUAAUGUGACUUCAAUGCAAAAUGAUUUACUCUUUCGCCACUUGAGAAAUAUAGCAAGACCACCAUUUUUGCCUGA